AUGUUGCGUUUUCUUCGGAGUCAUAUACAUCCUGCCGGGGAUUUCAGGAACACCGAUGUCCACGACUUUUUUGAGUAUACUCCUAGUUUGCGACAUGGAUUCCCACAGUUGGUAUCAUCAUUGGCAUACGAUUACAUACUGGGUCUUAUGGCGGUAGGUACCAGUGAUGGACAAGUUCGAAUUUUCGGAGCAGAAAACGUGGAAUGGAGUUCAACGACACCUCGAAAUAUCUCCAUUGCUCAUAUGUACUUUGCUGCAGGACUGGGCACUCUUAUUGUUCUUUGCUCGGAUCAAUCUUUUCAUAAAUUUCAGGUUGCUGGUGACAUAAUUGAGCGUACCACUGCUACUACUGAAGACAGGAUGAAACGAAUAACAUGCUGUGAAAUGCAAAAUGUGCAAGACCCAGCGAAUGCUCGUCUCUUCAUUGGUACUAUCACGGGCAAUAUAUUUGGAUUGUGCGCUGCUUCGCUCGAAUUCUCGGAAGUAUUGCUUUUUGAGGAGACAAUUGUGAAAAGCAUCAACGCUUCAAAAGACAUUGGAAGAUCCGCUAAUCAAAUUAUGGUGAAUCCGACUGAUGCAACUCAAGUCCUUAUUGCAUUCAAUAACCAUAUUAUUGUUCAUUACAAUUUGCUGAACAGCGAGAGUUUAGCAUGGCAUGUUGAUGGGGAAUAUUUUAUUUGUUCUCACAGUGAUGGUUCGUUGGGCACAUGGAGGAUUCAAUGUAUGGAACCUGUGGAAGCAUCCUUCAUACCAUUCGGUCCGUUUCCAUGUACUUCUAUUAACAAAGUACGAUGGAUAUGUGCAUCCAGGUUUAAAUACGAAUAUGUACCAGAUAGCAUUGUUCGUAGUAAUCCUGUCGAAUAUGUGUUGCAAUUUAGCCACCCGUCAGCGAUUAAAUUAUACACUGGCGGAAUGCCGCGUGCUUCCUAUGGUGAUCGCUACACGUUAACAGCAAUGAGAGAAGGUAAAAUGGUAGUAUUCGACUUUGGCAGUGCUGUUGUUGACUUUGUUGUUGUACCUUCACUGCAAAACCAGAAAGAUGCGGAUUACAAAAAUUGCUUGGCAUUGAUGGUACUUUGUGAACAGGAACUCGUGUGUAUCGAUUUGACCGAUGGGAGCUGGCCGCUUCUUAAUUUGCCAUAUUUGCAGCCGAUUCAUUCAUCUCAGAUUACAUGUGUUAUGCACUAUUCCAAUAUUGAAGAGCAUGUUUGGAAGGGACUGAUUAAGGCCAGCGAAGCCCAAAAUAAAUUGUCAUCCAUGUGUAAGUGGCCUGUUCAUGCUGGCGGCGAUGCUCAGACACCUGCUCCUUGUGCUGCUACGAACGCGGAAAAACGACAACUUUUAAUUACAGGGCAAGCACGAAGAUGGUACUGUGAAAUUCUGGUCAACUGGUUCUGCAGUUCAGUUGAAGCUUCCAAUAACGGAGCGUCCGAUGAUGACUCUAAUGAAAUUACUGAUUGGCCUCCUUUUCGCAAGGUUGGAACAUACGAUCCGUUUUGUGAUGAUCCACGUUUAGCCAUACAGAAAGUGUAUUUCGAUGUAAGCAGCGGGCAGUUAGUAAUAGGUGGUCGUGCCGGUCAUGUUAUCGUAUAUGAUUUGGAUGAUGAAUCAUCGGCAGCAUUGACCGUAAUGCGAACAGAAUAUGAGGUUGCAGCAAAGUCGAAGUUGCCAACGAACAUCAACCAACAAGCUUUGCCUCCUCGACGAGCUCCACUGGCAUAUGCAGUUGGAUAUCAGCCCUUUAAAACUGAUAAGAACCGAAGCUAUCUUAUUCAGUUGCGUCCACCAGUUGCAAUAACAGCAGUAGCAUCUCUUCGGUCACGUAAUCUUUUAGCAUUUGGAUGCGAGUAUGGCUUUGUGAUGUGUGAUUUGAAAAGUCAGGCAACGCUUAUAUCCAGAUGUUUGAUUACUUUAAAAGGGUUAACAGACGCGAGUACAUUAUCAAGGUUUAAAAGCAUGAAAAAGUCGAUCCGUCAGUCUUUUCGUCGCAAGAAAAAAGUCCCACAAAGUGGAAUUCAUUCCACUGAACCAGCAUGCUCAGCAACUAAUGAUGACAUCGAUGAAGUGAGACCUGUUGAACGUCAAAUUAUUUCUCGAACCGAGGCACCUCUCAACGUUGGUGAUCCUGCUGUUUCUGCGGUCCGAGUACUUAGGUUCUUUCGUACAAACAUUCUUUCCACUGCUUCCCGCACCGAUAGUCUUUGGAUUGGAACAAAUGGUGGGGUGAUAUUCGCUUAUGCAAUAUCGGACGAUGCACUAAGACCGGAAGAUGUUUCUGUUCUUGUGAAGGAAGUGCAGUUGCAACAUCGAGCUCCAGUUAUUGAUUUUACAUGUGCAACAAUUGAUGGGUCUCAACUUAUAAAGGGUUUGACAGGUACAGAAAGACUAAUCAUUUAUACUGAAGAGCAAAUCAAAACGUUUGCGCUUCCGACAAUGAAACCAACCAGAUUUCGAUAUAAAUUUACUGGCGUGGAGGGCUCACGAAUUAGAAAGGCACAGCUUCUUACAUUACGAUCAGCUACAAAUCGAAAAUUGUAUGAAAAAUUCAUUGUUAUCAUCACCAAUCAAGGCGAACUGUUUUUGUUUUCUGCACUAACUAUUAAACAGUACCUGAAAAUUCAUUUUACAAAGGCUUCUGACGUUGAGGGAAUUGCUUCAGCUGUUUUAUCUGAAAAUGGUGAAAUAUUCUUUCUACGUCCAGGAGCUAGUGAAUUUCAGCGCGCUUCUGUUGCAGCUCUGCAGCAUAAUAAUCUGAUAUCACCUCUCAAGGAUAGUGAUUUCCCCAAAAUUUAA